CGGCAAUCAUAUAUAGACAGCAGCCGUAACGCAAACAGUGCAUGAGUAAUAAUUAUUUAUGAUUAUUUAUCAAACAUGGGUCUUUUAACAAUUUUAAAGAAAAUGAAACAGAAGGAAAAGGAAGUACGAUUGUUGAUGCUAGGACUGGACAAUGCCGGAAAGACAACUAUUUUGAAGAAGUUCAACGGCGAGGAUAUAGAUACAAUUUCUCCGACUCUUGGAUUCAACAUCAAAACUUUGGAACACAGAGGGUACAAGUUAAAUAUCUGGGACGUUGGUGGCCAGAAGUCCCUACGUUCCUACUGGCGUAACUAUUUUGAGAGUACAGAUGGCCUUAUAUGGGUGGUGGACAGUGCAGACCGUAUGCGCCUUUCAGACUGUAAACAGGAACUACAUAACCUCCUACAAGAAGAGAGGCUUGCUGGUGCCACAUUACUGGUGUUUGCCAACAAGCAAGACUUACCGGGGGCUGUUCCACCACAGGAGAUAAGACAGGGGUUGGACUUGGAUGAAAUCACUACUCAUCAUUGGCUUAUUCAAGGAUGUAGCGCCGUUACUGGGGAGAACCUUCUUGAAGGAAUUGACUGGAUUAUAGACGAUAUAGCAUCGCGAAUAUUCACCAUGGACUGAUGUUCAAUACUGGAUUUAACUUAUUAUUUAGAGUUACUUUUAAUUCAAUGCAUGUGUUUUUUCUCACCUUUUUGUGUAUGGAGCAAGGGCCUUCAACUGUGAAAAAAGGGACAUGUACCGGAAACAUUUCUUACUGUCACGUUUAUGCUUGCAAAUAAAGGGAUUUACUACAUUCCAUCAACAAAAUGGCGGAGGAAACUGAUGUUAAAUAUAAAUCUCAUAAUUGUGAAUUUAGCUUCUACUUAUGUAAAAUAACAUUGUUAAUUUUUAAAUGUGAACACAACCUUACUUUGGCCACAUUAUAGGUUGAGAAAAACACUGAAUGCACAUGAAGUGCUUAUCUGUGAUAUAGGUAGCGGAGAGCUGGGAGGUGGGAGUACCGGAAUACCAGUGUAUACUGUCGAACUGCCGUAAAUACUGUCAAAAGAUGUGAACCUUGGUUGACAGUAUUUUCCAAAGGUUGACAAUUUGCACUGUCACCCUCAAGGUAGCCAAUAUCUUUGUUAUUAUACUGAACAAAAAUUAUAAAAUUUGAUGAAAAUUCACAUGUAAAUCAAGAGAAAAAAAUCUUUACAUUGCAACAAUUGUCAGGUGGUAAACAAAGCAAUAAGAUGAGACAGAUUAAAGUAAAAUUCGUAGCGUAUUGCCAAUUUCGUCUGUUGUAUAUAAGUGAUGUAUAAGAAAGUGUGUCUUUUAAGGUUGCAAUACCAUUUUUAUACCCCCCAAAACAAAGUUUGGGGGGGGUAUACUGGAAUCGGGUUGUCCGUCUGUCUGUCUGUCUGUCCGUCUGUCCGUCCGUUUUUUUUUUUGUCCGGGAUUCAUCUUUGUCGUUAUUGAACAAAUCUUUUUCAAACUUUCAGAUAUUAAUGGCCAUGAUGUAAACUUGCGCCUCUGUGAAAUUGGUACGGGUCACAUGACCCUGACCAGAGUUAUCUCCCCUUGAUGUGUUAAAGUAGGCAAAAUAAGCCCUGUCCGGGAUUCAUCUUUGUUAUUAUUCAACAAAUCUUUAUCAAACUUUCAGAAAUUAAUGGCCAUGUUGUAAACUUUCGCCUCUGUGAAUUUGGUACAGGUCACAUGACCCUGACUGGAGUUAUCUCCCCUUGAUGUGUUAAAGUAGGCAAAAUAAGCCCUGUCCGGGAUUCAUCUUUGUUAUUAUUCAACAAAUCUUUAUCAAACUUUCAGAAAUUAAUGGCCAUGUUGUAAACUUUCGCCUCUGUGAAUUUGGUACAGGUCACAUGACCCUGACUGGAGUUAUCUCCCCUUGUAGGCAAAAUUAGCUUUGUCCGGCCUAACUCCAGGGCAAACAACCUAGACAUGGAGGGGUGGGGGGUAUUCGUUAGCCUAUGGCUUACAGUUCUAGUUUUAAUCAUAGUUUUCACAUAAAAUCCAACAUGGCAGCAUAUUUGUAGCAUAAUGUCAAUUUCAUGACGUCAGAGGGCAACAGUGCGACAGAGGGUGGGGUCAUAGUAAAAGAUAUUGCCCUGACAUUUUUACUCUUUAUGAUCUAAAGAGUGUUGCAUGUUGCAGUGUCAUACAAGCAGCGUCUAACGAAUGCUCUAAUAAUCAGCAUAUUACAGCACAUUUUAAAAAUCCUUGAAUUCAAUUUUAUUAUUUAUUGUAACUUGGGAAUUGUUGACAACCUUUUUUUGAAUUAUUAUUGUGCCGUAAAAAUAUUACGGUGUUUUUAGCUUUGUUUUGCUUGAAUUAAAUGAAAUAUCACACUGUAUAUUCCUAGAUCAUAUUUAUCAAUCUAAUGGCUCGUACAUCUCAUCUUAAGGAUUUUUGCUUGUUACCUAUUCAGCAAUAAAGUUGAAUAUUAUUAUCUUAUAUUCAAAUAUUAAUUUUGAACGUAAUGUUACCAGCAUAUGAUAAUAAAUAUG